AUGGCUUAGAAAAAAUUGGCUAGCGAUGCAACUUUGAGACUGAUAGAUCUUGGAUGUGGCAAGGGAAGUUUUCUUCGUUAUUGUCUUAACUCAAGAAUACUUAACCAUUAUAUUGGAAUUGAUAUAAAAUUAAGCAAAGUAGAAAAGGCUAGCAAUUAUUUAGCCAUACAUAGCCUAGAUUUAAAGAGUAGCUUUUAGGAAUCACUUAAGUACAAAUCUCGCAGGUACAAUACCAUUAUUUAAAACUAUGUAGCGAGAUAAAUGAGUAGUGCUUUUGAAACUUACUAAACACUUAGGUUGAAACACUUGCAAUAGGAUAAAAUUCCAACAUUGAUAGAUAAUGUAUUUGGGCUGAUACAGCCAGACAUUGUGAUAAUGACCACACCAAAUAAAGAUUUCAAUCAUAUGUUCAAGAACUUUGAGAAUCCAGAGUAAUUAAGGUGCGAAGAUCAUGUCUUUGAGUAUAAAGAGCAAGAAUUCAAGCAAUUUUGUGAUGAAAUAAUCUAGAAAUAUGGCCACUAUUAAUACAAAAUUGAAGGAUUAAUGUAUGAAAACGCAUAUAACAUUAAGAAAGAGUAUAAAAAUAGUUUUACUGAAAUUCCUGCAUCAUUGCUUGUUACCUUUAUAAAAUCAAAGAAUACUUUUGCACAUUAUAAGAUUUAAAAUCAAAAUGGAGUCAACAAAAUAUUUAAUGACCCAAUAUUCACCCAAAAUUACUAUAAGGAUAUUAAGGAAACAGUCCAAAUUGAAAUAAGCAUCAUUGAAUAAUAUUAUCAAAAAAAGGAGAAGGAAGUAGCAUCUAUUGAGAAAGAGGAAUCAAAAGUCAACGAGAUGAGCUUUUUAACCUUUAAGAUGAGAGAUAUCUUAAUUAAAGAAGGUCAACGCCAGGAUGGCAGUAAUCUAUGUAGUUCUAAAAUGUCAAUCAAUAGAACUUCCAAUAACUUCUUCACAACUUCACUAUAAUCCCCAGGAUCAGCUCUUAUUCAAAAUGGAAUUAGAUAAAAUGGAUUUGAGCUUAUGAAUAGCUCAAGCAGAUAAGCCGGUUAGUUACAGAUAAACUCAAGAGCAGUAAGUGGAAACAGAAAUCAUUAAUUCUAUACUAAUAACAAUAUAAACAACACAAAUGUUCUCACAGCAAACUAGCCUUAGAUAUUGACUUCUAUAAGCGCUCAAAAUUAAAGGUCAAGACAUACUCAUUAAUAUAGUAUUAGCAAUGAAAUAAAUUUAGAUCCAGAAAUGAGAAUGAUAGACUAAAAUCAAAAUUAAAAUGAGCAGCUCCCCGAAGAUAUCAGUUAGUAAGAGCUAGAUAAUAUAGGUGAUAAAAAACGCAAAAUACCCAAAGUUAUUAGUCUUUAUGAACUCUAUUGCGUGUUCUUUGAAAUAUCAGUUACAGUUGGUCUCUCUAUGACAUUCCUAUUCAUAUAUGUGAUUUCUGAUUUCAAAAUGCCUCCAGAUUUAAUAUUGAUUCCCUGGAUAAUCUGGUCUGGAAAGAAGUUCAUAGACUUGGCUAGAAAUUACAAGCAAUCAAUUGCUUAUCUUGAAAAUAAAUUCAAAUUGCGUUAUCGAGACCUGAGAAGAAAAUCAAAACUCUAAAGAGACCAGCAGCAAUAAUUUUUAACUAGCUAAAACCCAAUGACUUAAUUGAUGAGCAGCUAGAACAGUGUGAGAGACAACAAUCCAUUUUUUAACAAUACAAGAAGUUUACUAAAUAUUGAAGAGUAAUAAAUCUUGAGGAAUAUUAGAGUUAGUAGCCGAAGGGAAGAUUAGAAGCUAAGGGAGUCAAAGCAGAGACAGAAGUUGAAGUAUUAGUGUGAAUAUGCAAAGAAAUUUGCUGAGGUCAUUGGAUUGAUGCUGUAUUUUGUAAUCUUCCUAUUGCUUAUUUGA